CCGCCCCGUCCCGCCCCGCCGCGGGUGGCGGGCCCCGCAGGCUCGGCGCCUCCCGGCUGCCGCGGAGCGUGAUGGGUCCUGCUGGAAAGAGCUUUCUGAUGGCGCAGCUGUGAGUGAAACCAGCACAAUAUGUUCAGUGUCGAGGACCUCCUGAUUUCUCAUGGAUACAAAUUGUCCAAAAACUCCCCUGCUUCAUACCAGAACAGAUAUGAUGGAUACCGGCGUGAAACCGCAGGGAACAGAUCUGCUCAGAGACCGCUGAAUGGGUUCGAAGCAGACUUGAGAGCUUACAGCAAGAAGCCUCUGGUGAAAACCAACUCGAGCAGCACCGAGAGCAGCCAUGGGAGCCAAGGGAGGCGCGCGGGUCCUGGUUACCACCAUGACCUUCAGGGUUUGUCCACUUUUCAUACUUCAGAAGGGGGGACGUAUGACAGGCCUCAACUAGCGUGGUCUUCCCAGCCCAAGGCUGACAAGGAUCUGGCCUACUGGCGGCGGCGAGGACAAGACUUCAGCGUGCUGCUGGGCUACUCCCAGAAAGGAGGCGUGGAAAUGCAAGGGCUGGCAGCAGCCCACGGGGUGCCCCGGCACCCUAAGGACACUCAGCUGAAGGCAGGGCUAGGUGCCGAGUACGUCAGGAGAGGUGGCUUGCCGGAGAACUGUGAGGCGCCUGGCGACUGCACGUGGCAAAGUUUGAGGGUGGAAAGCUGGAACCAGCCAAAAAAGGUAGGAAGGCAAAUGUCGGACAGUGACAGGGAGAAACUGCUCCAAGAGCUGUAUUCGCUGACCCUGCGAGAUGAUGUGCUGAGUGCUCACAACAAGGGGAAAUCGCAGUCCUUGCCGAGAGUCCUGUCGCCGGAGAGCAUGAGGUGUGUGGAAAUGCCCUCCCUGACCAACAGCAACAACUCCCUCAGUGUAAGUAAGGCCCCCUCCUACCCCCCAAGCAGGCUGGCCAUGGAAUCGGCCAAACACCACGAAACGGGGGGCCAUUUCCUGCCCCUGGUGAAACCCAAGUAUGGGAGACCUCUGAUGCCUCCAUCCUAUGAACUGCAGCGACAGAGCAGGGCACCUGCUGAACCCGGUGGUUUUCAGGACCACUACCAGAAGGAUGAACCCGUUCCCUACUUAGCCAAAGCACACGAGCCAAGGCAAGAUGCUUGUGUUCAAGACUCUGGUUUGGAGCCCCCGGUCUAUGUACCUCCCCCAUCUUACAAAUCCCCCCCCCACCAAGCCGUGACUCCACAUUCCCCCAGUGAAGUGCCUACCAAUGCCACGCAUGCCAGCAGCAGCCAGCAGGACGCUGCGGAGCGGGUUGUCUCCUGCCAACGACCGCCUGCAAAUAGUGUUGAAACGGGGGCCGACCCCUGCAAAGACAACCAUCUUCUUCACGGGAAGCAGAGCCAUCCGAGACGCCCCGCUGACCACCUGCGUUCUGUUCAGUAUAUUCCCUUUGACGAUCCUCGGAUACGGCAUAUUAAAAUCGCACCACCCGAAGGUCUGCAGGACAACACGAAAUACAGUGAAAAUGCACGUAGUCCCAGUUCUGGUACUUCGCAAGAGAGAGAUCUCGAAGUACAGUACAACAGUGCCUUUUGGGAUGCAUCACACUCACCUGGUUCUGUAAAGGGAGAAAGAAAUUCUGACAGCUCCGCUCACAGCAGCAGAUGGUUGGCACCAUCCAUCCGAGAUCAGGAAAAUUGUGCCUUGCUGGACCAAAGAGACAGUCGUAGCACAACUAAUCACAGCCCCCGUAAUGAAGCCAGCACAGAGUACACAAAAGGCAAGCUUUCUGUAAGAAAUUCACAUAUGGACAGCACCUGUGAGACCGUUACAAAAGUGAAAAAGUUUGAACCUGGAACUGGGAUGCAGAGCAAAAAGAGUUCAAAGAAAAAAAUGAAUGAAACUAUAUUUUGUUUGGUCUCCAUCCCAGUUAAAUCAGAAUCAAAUCUGCCAGAUACAGAUAGGAACAACAACAUAACCCAGAGCCCUGAUAAGAAUGGGUUUGAUAACAAUGGGGCUUUGCAAGAACAAAGUCUCUUAAGUAUGUCUUCAACGGACUUGGAGUUACAAGCGCUUACAGGAAGCAUGACCAAUAAAAAUGAGUUACAAAAACAAGAACUGUGGAGACCAGAAGAGUUCAAACAAAUGAAUGACCUCAGAUUUAUUCAGCCUGCAAAACACAGAGAGCUCAAAUACUCUGGCUCCUGGCCAGGUGAUCAGUACAAAGACCAGCAGACACAGACCAGUUUUGCCGAAGAACCUAACAGCCCACAGAUUUGCCAUGGUACAAAGCCUGGGCAGCCCAAUAGUACCAAGCUGCUGUCUCCAAAGCAACUCGGAUGUGCAGCAUCCAGGACAGGGUCAAAACAGACAGGGUCGCCUUCUGACGAGAGAGGCUGCAGGCAGAGCGCUUACGGCAUGAAGGGUCAGACGUACCUCAGCCAGUCCAGCAACAGCGCGUUUUCCAGGACUGCCACCUCUGUCCUGCAGGCCUCCUCGCCAAAGGGCCACCAGAGCCAGCCCGUGCCUGCCCAGGAGAGGGAAAACGGCCUUCUUCCCAAGGGCGAUGUGGUUAAGGGAGAAGCAGGCGCUCCCUGCAACAGUAAAGAGCUGUUUGGGCAGUUCCUUCUGAAGCCCGUAAGUCGCCGUCCCUGGGAUGCAAUAAGCGAGCUAGAGAGUUUUAACAAGGAGCUGCAAGGGCAGGAGGAGAGCAUGAGCAGUGAAGAAGACUUGGAAAGUGCUGCGGCUUCUCCGCAGGCACAUGCCCUUCCACAGAGAAGGACGUCCAGAAAUGAGAACCAGGAGCCAAAGCGUGGUGGGAGAUUGGAAACGGUUGUGCCAGAGGUGCCUGUGUUUAAGUCAGGAAGAGUUAAAAGUAAGUCUGAAAGUUGGAGCCUGGGGACCGAGCAUGGUGGCGAGCCGGGCUGCGUUGGCUCUCAACGCUCUUCGCAGCCAGGAGGGAGCAGUGAAGGAGUCAGGCCAGCAGAUGGAAGCCUGAUAACAGAAAUGAGGGCAGAGGAAGCCAAGAACAGAGCAAACAAACAGCCCGUUCGUGCGGGACCUAUCAAGAGAUUCUUGUCCAGCAGCCCAAGCAGUUCCUACCAUGGUAAUCCUUUCAAUAAUCCUGUUUUACAGGAGAUGAGUGAAGACCAAAAUUACUUAGACUUUGUUAAACUCAGCAAAGGUGCAGCUCCUCAGAAUGAUCCAGUAUUAGAGAGAGGCUCAGUGGUACGCUUGUCCUUAACUAAGAGGAACCAAGGGCGCUCUGAGCCAGAUUUGAGGUCUGUGGGACUUGAUGUAGCCCCAGGACCUGGUGCUAACAAUUCUGAUCACUCUUCAAAUGCAAAUGCAGUGGAAAUCCCUGUGAAUGAGUCCUUGCAGGCAAGAGCUGCAAGAAUUUUAGGCAUAGAGAUAGCAGUGGAGUCUCUCCUUCCAGAUGACCACGUUGGGCCUCAUCCGGGCACAAGCCCUGCAAAUGGUGCCCAGGACUUUGAGUCAUCAACGGAGAGCACAGUAAGUGGCAAAGAAGGAAAAAAAGAUGAUUCUUAUGAAGGCAGGCGUAAGUGUGGCUGGACAGAGAGCGCUCUCUUUGUUGGAGAGAGGAACCGAUCGUUAUACCUUGAUGAAUGCCAGGCCACUCACCGUGAAGGCAGCACUAAAACGUUGGUAAGGGAGCAAGCGUUUGAACAACCUGCGAGUCCCAGCCAAGGCGAAGACCAAAGCUCGGUGCCCAAGUCAUCUGUGUAUCAGCAUUCGGAGAAGAGAGUGAGAAGGAGCUCAAAAGUGAUUGAGACGCUCCAAGGCAAGCUCACGUCUCCCCCGAGCCGGACUGCCAUGGACCGCUUGGUGCGCAUGAAAGAAGUUGACUCCGUGUCCCGGAUGAGACGCCUGAGCAUUAAAAGUGCAGACUCGGGAGAGGAGGUGGACGAGGAGAAGCUGUUGAGGGCACAAGAGGAGAGAGGAAGCAAAGUGGCAAACUCGGGAGCUGUGUCCAAGCGUGUUAUCUCCCUCAGCGAAAACGGAUAUUUAGCUGGAAUGGACAAGAAGAAGAUGGACAGAGAUUUUUCUUUAGGUAAGACCCUGAUAUUGGAGAUCCAAGUGGGUACUGCUUUCUUAUGUAACGGGCACCAUCACUUUGCCUAUGCCCACGUAGUGACGCUCAAAUAGUAACAGGCUGUAGGUGGUACUAUCCCCAGCUGGUUGUCACCCCCUGUGCUCUCCCUGUGGAAGAGGUAACGAGCGAUCCUAUUUUAGGACAAGUUACUGUAAAGCUAACUUGUGACAUUGAAACUCAUUCACAGAGACUGGAGCGUUCCCUGCGGUCUGCGCUCUGUCUGAUUGUUUCAGGGAACUGCCAGCUUCAAACAGCGGAGUUCAAAGACAGUCACUCUUGUGCCAGUGCUUGGGAACACGUGACACAUAUGACCCCACCAAAGUUGAAAAGGUGUGAGAUGAACGGAGAGGAGAAUAGAGAUUCCUGCUCUACUAAGAAUGUUUCAGUGAUUUUUUUUUCUGGGUGCUUUUUGUUUGUUUUUGUUCUUUGAUGCUUGGAAAUUGCCUCCAUUCGUGGUGUUCAUGGUGUACUGAUAAUGCCUUUACCACUGCCACUAGGAAUUAGCUAUUCGUUUCUGAAACUGUUGCGGAGACCGCAGAAAAGUCUGACUUCUACGUUGGGACCAUCUGGCUUUGUAGCAUUAAGACUUAAUGCCUACAGUUGGCAAUUCAGUCUUCAGCAGGAAUGAUGAAGUGCAUAAAGUGAGGCUUUUGAGCUUUCUCUUUGGUGUAAAUGUAAACGUGGGAGAUUAGCGAAAUGAUUUUGAAAAGAAUGUGAAUUUAUAAGCUAAACUUCUAAGUCUCUAUAGUGUAAACUUUGUUUAACUUAAAGGAUUUCUGGCCAUAAGUAGAAAGUGCUGCUGCACAAAGCGGGGGAGGAAUGUGAGACAAUGGUAGCGAAGGCUGAUUGUGAAAUUAUUUCUGACUUCCAGAGUUUGAAUUUACUCGGAUUAAAUACUUACUUGCCACCUAGAGAGAAGAAAAGCAAAAACCCCAAAGCUUCUAAAAGAUGAAGACUUUUGUAGUACAAUGUACAGAACGUGUAAUUAUAGUAGCUGGCAACUAGUGUUUCAGACCAAUGCAAAGUAUACCACUGGCUGUUUUGCACUCAGUAUUACCUAUUUUUGUUUUGCUGUUUAGAAAUUCUUUAUAUGAAAGAAUAGUAGCUGGUUUAAAAUAGCCCAUUUUAACAAAGUAACUAUAUUUCUUGUUACAGAAUACUAUCUAUUUUUCUACGAUGUAAACAAUUGCUAACAAGUGGCAAGUAUAAAGAAGUAUUAUUAUUAUUAUUAUUAUAUUUUAAGAAGACUUAUCCGUCUGAGUGAAGGUGACCCAAGCAGAUUUCACUUGUGCAUCUUAAUGCACACACCGUAUUGCCACAUAUCCAGUAGUGCUCCCUUAGUUUGGUCGGAAAAGAGCCAUCUGUGUAUGUAUGCGUGUAUGUACUACAGGGUUAAUUUCUGUUUUUUCCCCACUCAACCCUUGGAUCGCUCUUCUUGGAGCCACUUUCUGAAGCGCAGCUGAGAACCGUCUGGGCUGGUGUUGCUGCCAUAACAUUCCAGUGACUGUGAUUACCAAAAAAAAAAAAAAAAAAAAGGGUUUAUGGGUUUGGAUCUUCAUCCCGGUGUCCUUGAGCAGCUCAGAUGAAAUACCUGGUUUCUUUCUUUCACUUAACUUCUUUUUGCACAUUGUGGUUGUGGAUUAGGCCAGUGUAUGAAAAUAAAUAAACCUGGGUUCAGUUCUUCCCUGCAGCUAACUGGUGGUGCUGGGGAGGAGUUUAGCUGUCUUCUUUGAGGCAUUCAAAUACAUGGCUUUAAUGUAUUUUAUCUGCACACACAAAUGCAUGACCUACAGAGUUUAUAAUAAAGCCUAUGCAUUCUGCUCUUUGAUACUGAAUUAGCCUGCAUAGGAUCUGUGUCUUUAAAGCCUUUAUGUCCACUCCUGUGCAUUUUAUGUAAGUACCUGUUCGCUAACAUUCUUCAGAUGACUUGUUCAUGUGCAUCACUGGUCUAUUCUACUAUCCUUUUUGUUUUGUUUUGUUUUGUUUUGUUUUGUAGCAUAAUUUUAUUUUCUAAAAUCUGAUUUCUUGAAAUAUUUUUUUCUAAGUCUGUAAUUUGGAAAGAACACUCAUCCUGUGUUUUGGCAGAAAGAAUUUCUUGUCUGUAACACGAUUCUGUUACAUAUGGACUAUUUAAAGCUUGUUUGAAAAGAAA